AUGCCACCAAAAGAAAGAAAAACAAAAGAACAAAUUGCAGCAGCAGCAGCAGCAUCAGGAAGAACUAAGAAAAAGAAAUGGGGAAAAGGAAAAAAUAAAGAAAAAUUAAAUCAUGCUGUUUUUAUUGAUAAAACUUUACAUUCUAAAAUAUUAGAAUGCAAAAAUAUGAAAGUUAUUACUCCUUCAACUAUAUCAGAAAAAUACAAAGUUAAUUUAAGUGUAGCAAGAGCAGUUAUUAAGUAUUUAGCAGAAAAAAAUUUAAUUAAUGAAGUUUGUACUCAAAGUCAUAGCCAAAAAUUAUAUACUAAAGUUGCUUAA